GAUGUGGGAAGUGCCAACGCGACUAAGAGAGAUGUUGUUUCCUUCGGCUGGAUGGUUUUGCGCGUUACCAAAAGAGAUCCCCUUGAUUUCAAUGGUUAUGGCUGCUGGUGUGGAAUUGGUGGGGAGGGCAAACCCGUGGAUGAUUUGGACAGGUGUUGUCUAGUUCACGACAAAUGCUAUGACGACAUUGUACGGUCGAAGGUUUGCCCUUUCGAGAAAGGAGUUUAUGCUCUCCCCUACUCAACAAAACCGAAUCACCCUGCCGAAUGCGAACCUGCAUCUCAUUACUGGCUUAAAGGAGAAUGCCGCUUUCGCUUGUGCGAGUGCGAUGCAGCUGCCGCUAAAUGCUUUAAGAAGAAUUGCUAUCACGAGAAGUAUAGAAAAUACCCACAGAACAAAUGCACGAAUGACAAGCCUUCUAAAAGUGAUGAAGAAACAACACAACUGUUAUUUUCGCUUUGAGUUUGUAAUUGUUCGUUAGAUGAAUAAAAGAGCAAAGAUCCCUUUU